CAGCCGACUGAUGCCGUAUACCGCGGCGGCGUAUCACCGACAACUGUUCGUAGUGUAAACGUAGUCGGGAUCUCGUCAAUAGCUUUAUCGACAUUUCAAGCAGUUAUUACUCACCUUUGCACUUCGUUCACAGUGGCAUGACGUGUAUGUGAUAAUGGGAUCGGCUGCGGUAAUUCUAAAUCGUGAUGGUUCAUCGCCGCCAGAGUUAAGUUUUGAGGAACUUCUGCCGUGUUUAUAUCAAACAUUUUUCGGGCUCACGGUGCUGUGUGUAAUAUACAUAAACUGGAUGUUGUACUACAGGCGUUCCCCUUGCGCGCAUGAGUAUAGGGCUGACAAUGAAAAACAUUUCACGGACGAAAAAGGCAAGCAAGUGCCGUUUCCUAGUCUGAGUGAUGAAAGCACUUUGGAUUUGUCGGUCAUAGUGCCUGCGUACAAUGAACAGGACAGGAUAAGGCCUAUGCUCGAUUCAUGCUUAAAUUUUUUGACGGACGUCAGUCGAAAAUGGACGUUUGAAGUGAUUGUUGUUAGUGAUGGGAGUACUGACGGGACAUGUGAUGUAGUUAUGGAAUAUGUGCGGCAGUAUGGUUCAGAUCAGAUACGUCUUUUAAAGUUAUAUGAAAAUCGUGGAAAGGGAGGAGCAGUUUCCUUGGGAAUGCAUAGUGCACGUGGACGUACUUUGUUAUUUGCUGAUGCUGAUGGUGCAACAAGUUUUCAAGAUUUAGAACAAUUAGAAUCAGCAUUACUCCUCUUAGCAUCAAAUGAUAUGACUGAGUGUGCUAAAAAGUUACAUGCAGUUGUGUGUGGCUCGCGUGCUCAUUUAGAAACAGAAUCUAUGGCUCAAAGAAGUAUAUUUCGUACUUUUUUGAUGGUGUGCUUUCAUUUUCAUGUCUGGUUAUUUGGUGUACGUAGUAUCAAAGAUACACAAUGUGGCUUUAAAUUAUUCACUCGGCCAGCUGCAAGAAUUUUGUUUAAUAAUUUACAUGUUAAAGGAUGGGCUUUUGAUGUAGAAAUGCUAUACGUUGCUGAAGAGUUGAAAUUUAAAUUAGUUGAAGUACCAGUUCAUUGGACAGAGAUUGAAGGUUCUAAAAUAGUUCCUGUAUGGAGUUGGCUUGAAAUGGGUUAUGAUGUCUUAAAAAUAUGGUUCAAAUACCGCAUUGGAUCAUGGGUGAUACGCAAAUAAAGGACAAAUCUGCUAACAUAUUUGUAUUAUUUGCUUUUCUUUUAAGUUAUUUGAAUAGUAUGUAAAUUACAUACUUUGUUCUGUGUAAAAAUUUAGCAAAUAUUUUAUCAAAAGAAUUUUUAUGGAACUACAUAAUAAUUAUUUCUUUGGCAGAUUAUCAAUUGUGAUAGUUGAUAAAAAAACUCUUUAUAAAGUGAACUAUUAAUACAUUUUAUUAUUGAUUUUUAUUUUAAGAAACAUUUUUUAUUGAGAUUUAAUUUUAAUUAUUAGAUUCUUAGAAGAAGUUUCUUAUAAUAUUUGCUUUAUAAAACAGAGUUAAACUAAUCGUACAAAAUGUAUGAAAAUAAACUUGAUAAAAUAUUUGAUAAUAAUAUAUAUUAAGUUUAAAAUAACGGGACAAAUAUAUUUAAAACUGCAUUCCAUAUUUAUACUACAAAAAAUGUUUUUAUUAAUGAAUAAUAUUAAUACUGUAAUGUUUCCUAUUUGAUUAUUACUUAUUAGUGUAUUAUAUUUACUUUUAUCUAAAUACACAAAAAUAAUUUUUGUUAAAUAAAUAAUUAAGUAUUGAUUUUUCUUAUUAUAUACUCAUCUUCACUAUACACUAUAUAAAAUUAAUAUACUACAGCUUUAUAUAGACACAUUUAAACAAAAUGUAUAAAAAUUAUAGGUUUUCAAGAUUAUUAUUAUUUUUAAGUAAAUACAAUUAGCGCAUUUAUAGUAAUUAAAAUACAUGUGUGCAUAUAAAUAAGUUCUUAUUAUUCAUAUAAAUUUGCUGUCCAUCUAUUAAUACUAUUGAUGUGUGGGUUUUUAAUAUUGAUUGAUUUUUACCUUUGAUUCUCAACAGUAAUAUUAGUACUUAUUUUUACAAAUUUCUGAAAUCUGUUUAGAUUUAGAUUUGUGAAAUUGAUAUUUAAAACACUGGCAUUUUUAUCUAUUAAAUAAUUAAGUUAUAUUUAACAUACCUAAAUAGAUUAUUCUAAAUGUCUAAAUAACUAUUGUUUUUUAACUACAAGUUUAUUUAAGAAUUGUGUGAGAAUUGAUGUUUUCUAAGUUAAACUAUUUUAUAGUCCUAACAUUGUAAUUGAUAAAAUAUUACUUAUGAUAAAUAUUAUGCAAGUAAACAAACUAGUCAAAAUUAAUUGAAUUUAAAAAUACUUAUUAUUUUGAAGAAUGAGGAUUGUGUUUGUUAUUUAAUAUGAAAUUUAUUUUAUUGAAUUCUGAUGUACUAUGUAGUAUUAUUUUGGGCGAAUUCAAAUUAUGUUUUAUAUACAUUAUUUAUUUUAAAACUAAAAUAAAUGUAUUAUUACUGAUAUCUAAAAUGAAAGCUUAUAGGUACAUGAUUGUGUAAUAACAAACUUAUUAAUUUUAUUUAAAUAAUGAAAUGAUUUUAAUUUGUUUAUUUAUUUAUUUUUUAAAAAGUUUUAAAGUUCCACAACUAAUUUAUUUGCAUGUAAAAAAUGAAUAAUCAUCUUUUAAAAAUUGUUUAAAAAAUUAUGAAUUCAUAAUAAGCAAAAUAUUUUAUUGUACAAUUAAUUUUAGUUUAUUAUAAAUUGAAUCUUGUUUAUUAUUUAACAAAACUUAAAAUAUUGUAAUUUAUAUACUAUUAUUUUUUUUUUACUUGAUAUUUGAUUUGUAUAUCUUAUAAAAGUAUGUAUUUAAUUUUCACUGAUUGAUAUAAUGUCUAUUAAACUGGUUAUAGAUUUAAUACUUAAUAUAAUAUAUACAUACUGCCGUCAUAAGCGAAAACGCCGUAGGUCACCGAAAAACGAUUUUGAAAAAAACGCGUUUUUGUAUUUUGUAUUUUCAUAAAAUCAUAACACCUUGUACAUUCUAAUUAUUUAAAUAUGAUAUAUGGUUUCUUAUGUAAUUUUACCCAACGAAUGCAAUGAAACAAUAAUAAAUAUGAUUAAAUUAAUAA